UAAACAUUUUGUAGUUUGGUUUCACUCUCAGUUCGUCACGCAUUCGGGUGGUCUCUGUGCUGAGAAACGGAGCCACGUCAGAUGUUUUUCCUUUUUCCUUUACAGCUGACAGAAAACCACAGACACUUACACAGAAGUAGGACACUGUUUUUGGGGUGUGUGUAACUGAAACAAAUGUGCAAAUAAAGAUGUGAAACAAUGCCGAGAACAUCGCUCCUGCUGUCGCUCUUGCUGACUUCACUGCUGGGCUGCAGACCCUCCCAAGCCCAUCUGACUGUGAGUCCCAGCAGCUCUCAAUUUUUCGAAGGAGACUUUGUGUCUUUGAGCUGUGAGGAGGACGACAGCUCUGCUGGAUGGACUCUGAGGAGAAACACAAGCAGAGACACCAGAGCUGAGUGUGGAGAUCACAAUCAAGAAUGGGGAGAGCCACCUGGUUCUUGCUGUAACAUCAGCUACAUCGACCCAAUGGACACUGGAGUUUACUGGUGUGAGUCCAGAGAGGGUCCCAUCAGUAACAUGGUUAACCUGACAGUCACUGGUGGAUCAGUGAUCCUGCAGAGUCCUGUCCUCCCUGUGAUGGAGGGAGAUGACGUCACUCUGCUCUGUAAAACAAACACCACCCCCUCCAACCUCCCAGCUGCUUUCUAUAAAGAUGGCUCCCUCAUCAGGAAGCAGCCUACAGGUCACAUGACCAUCCAGCAUGUUUCCAGGUCUGAUGAAGGGCUCUACAAGUGUGACAUCAGCGGUCAUGGAGAGUCUCCAUCCAGCUGGAUCACUGUCACAGAAAAACCCAUCACUGCAGCUCCACCUGCCUCCACCCCUCCACCUGCGUUACCUCCUCUACUUGCUGUGUUGGUCUUUGGAUCAGUCUGUGUUUUGGUUCUGCUGUUGUUACUGGUUCUAGUGAUGAGGGAAUGUGUCUGCAGAAAACUUGAAGCUGAUCAAGAAGCUGGAGAAGAUGCCAUCACAGAUGACACCACGUACAGCGAAAUCAAAAUAGCACAAGAGCCUCAGCAGACAGCGAGAGAGGCCAGAGAGACGCCAUCAAAGCCAGAGGUCAUCUACUCUUCAGUGAAGAAGUUCACCCGUCCAACCACUGAUGACCAGGCCAUCAGACCGGAGUGCAUUUAAUACACCUCGAGUUACUCUUAGCUGUAACUUCACUCUAAUUUAUAUAUUUUAAUUGUAGUUUGUGUUUGUUUGAUCGUGUAGUUGUUCCUGCAGCAGAGAUCUGGUUUCUCUGCAGGAUCAAUAAAGUCUUCUUCUCACUUGUUGAUUUUCUUGUGUGCUUCUGGGUUUCAUCAGGUCAUCUGAUGUGAUGAAUCUGAGCUGCUCCUGUUUUGUUGUGGCCGGCUGAUAAUUAUCUUGAGUGAUUGUAGCAAAGAUUAAAGAUAAACAAAACCACAACUGUGGAUUAUAAUCAGCGCGAACAUCAGUGAGUGGCUGUAAAUCUAACACCAGAAAGUUUCAGUUCAGUGUUUGUGUGUCUGCGUCUGCUUAACCCUGAAACCAACAUAGAGGAAAUGAUGCGUCAACUAUUUCAUAUUUCAAUUUGUGUGUAACGUUUAACAAAAAAAAAGUGAAUAUAUGAUGAUUUUUUUCCUUUUUCAUCUUUGCAAAUUGAAGUGCGAUUUUGACAAAAUAAUAAUUGUCUUAAUCCAAAUGUUCAGACCAACACAGAGCAGAUUACAGCUGUGGCUGACAGUAGGAAAUCAUAUUUGCUGUGUUUUAAAUGUUCGUCCUCCAGGGAGACGUUUACAGUGGUUCACUCUGCAGUCUGACAUGAAAACAGAGAGCUGAGGUGUUUCGGUCUCUGACAAAUAUCAAACCCCUGAACAAGUGACUCAGACUGGA